CUCUGAACUCCUGGCCUCCUUUUCCUCUCUCAUUAAAUCCUCUGUACUGGAGCCAGUGGGGCUAAAGCCGGGUCCCACGGGGCUCGCUGCUUGUGUGGAGAGGCCCCUUUAAGGAAGAGAGUACCAAAUUACCAACAUUCAUUGACCGACCAUCCGGGCCUUUAGAAAGGGCCUGUGUACAUCAUGGUGCCUGGAGCUGGAGCUCCAUUAGAUUUUACUAGGCAGUUCGAGAAGGAAAGCGAAUGCUUGCCGGUGACGCAGGUAGCAGAUCAUCUCAUCUGGGGGUGCCGCCACCACCUCCUCUUCCUCUCCCGCUUUGGAUAAGGAAGUCUCAGAACUCUUUCCACUUCAAUCAAGACUGACAAUAGAAGACAUUGUCCGCUCCUUCUAAGGGACUCAACUUUAUUCUCCCCGGCUUGAUCAGAACAGACCAGUCCUGCCAGUAACAGAGACCGGUGUAGAACCAUUGUGGCUCUUGCCCUCGAGAGGCUGCUAUGAAGGGGAUGCUGCACUAGAUUCUGCCCUUAGGAGAGCAACCUGCAUUCAUUAAGGAUGGUUUUGAAGAUCAUCUGGCCACUGCAAGCAUGCAAACUUCUCCUGGUGGUUUUAUCUUUGCCACAAGUGAGAACAAGUUCUGUUUUAACUGUGAAUGGUAAAACUGAGAACUAUGUCCUGGACACCACAUCUGGUGGCCAAGCAUCUCUGGAAUGUGCUGUUCAAAACCACACCAGAGAUGAAGAACUUCUCUGGUACCGAGAAGAUGGAAGAGUAGAUUUGAAGACUGGGAACAAAAUCAACAGCAGCUCUGUCUGUGUCUCUUCCAUCAGCGAAAAAGACGAUGGAGUCCGCUUUACCUGCAAGCUGCAGAGCGAUCAGCAGGUGUCGGUCUCCGUGGUGCUCAAUGUUAUUUUCCCUCCUCUUCUAAGCGGAGAUGCCUUCCAAACCAUAGGGGAAGACAAGGAUGUAAGGUUGGUUUGCGACGUGAAAUCCAACCCCCCAGCGCAAAUGACAUGGUAUAAAAACAACAGCGUCCUGAUUUUAGAGAAAGGCCGUCACCAAAUCCAAGAGACAAGGGAAUCUUUCCAGCUGUCCAUCACCAAAGUCAAGAAAUCUGACAGCGGAGUCUACAGUUGUGUUGCCAGCUCGUCUCUGAAAACGGAGACCAUGGACUUCCACCUGGUUGUUACAGACAAGGUUCCGGAUUUACCGGUAGAAGCGAUCAUUGCCGCUUGUGUGGUGGUCGUCCUGACACUGGGUUUUGGACUGCUUGCUAGGAGAAAAAGAAUAAUGAAGCUCUGCAUGAAGAAGAAAGACCAGAAUACAGACACAGCUCUAUGAGAAAGCUGAGCCGCCACCUAACACGGGAAGAGUUUUUGCAUCAGGACCACCUCAAUUUGUGAAAUGUCAUCUGUAUUUAUUGCUACUUUUCAAUUCACUCCGAUCAAAUUGUCAGAGGUUAUGAAGAAGUAUUUAAUUGUUAAUUACUAAACAGUAGUUGUUAUGAUUAAUUCCAUCUACUUAUGGAACUAUUUUAUGCACAAGGUUUUGUAAUGAAAAGAUUCUGUUAAGUUCCUUGAAGUACAUGUUAAUUGACUGUGAUUUAUUCCUGAUAGAUUAGUAACUACUCACUAUCUGACUUAUAUUUUUCUAGAUAGGAGACUAACUGACAUUGGGGUUUUCCAAAUCAAUGCAGUAGCAAAGAAAGAAAGAAAGAGAGAGAGAGAGAGAGAGAGAGAGAGAGAGAGAGAGAGAAAGAAAGA